GCUUUGCUCGGCGGAUCGAUGUUUGCUGGCAUCGCCUCGCCCUGCCUGUGUGUGUGUGUGUGUGCGGGUGUGUGUGUGCGGGUGUGUGCGGGUGUGUACGUGUGCGUGUGUGUGUGUGUGCGAGUGUGUGUGCGUGUGAGCGGCAGGCUGCCUCCCCUCCCCAGCCUCCCUGCCCGCUCCCAUCUCACUCACUGCCUGGCAUCUGCCAGCACGGAACCGGCGGCGCUCCGCACACACACACACAGCCCGCACACACACACACACACACACACACGCACACCCUGCACACACGCACGCACCCCGCACACACCCGCACGCACACCUCGCACACCCACCCCCGGCACCGCUCCGCCAUACGGCUCUGCGAGGAGGAGGAGGAGGAGGAGAGGAGAGGGAAGGGAGGAAGCAGGCAGCACCCCCCCCCCCCCCCCCCCAGUCUUUCCCGAGCUGCCUUUUGAAUCUAUCUCUCUACAUAUCUAUUUGGUUAUUAUUUCUUCUCGUUCUCUGGCACUGUGGGCGCCUUUCAUUCGCUCCUGAGCUUGGAUGUUUGAAUCAAAGCAAAGCAAGUGUUGCAACAGUUAAAAAAAAAAAAAAAGCCAACCAAAAAAAAAAAAGAGAGAGAGAGAGAGAGGCAAAGAAAGAAACCUAGAUCUGUAAAAUAAAUAAAACCCAAACAGGUUCCUAUCAGUGGAGUGGAAAGGAGGGGGGCAGGGGCGGCUUGAGGGGGGUGCCGGGGAAGCAGCUGAGAGGCAGAGGCAGAGGAACACGACUCAGGAGCGUCUCAGGGCUCUCGGAUCUGGGGACAGAAGUGAGAUUGGAGAAAGUAGAGCGAUGCCAAGGAGGAAACAGCAAGCACCCAAACGGGCUGCAGGUUAUGUCCAAGAGGAAGAUUUAAAGGAAGAAGAAGAUAUAAAGGAGGAGGAAGAAGAUGAUGAUGACAACAAUUCAACUGCUCACCUCCAGGGCAGCAAUGACACUGGCACGGAUGAGGAACACGAUGUGGGUCCUGAGCAGAAAGGGAACUUUAGUUACCAGAAUUCCCCUGUCAGUCAUAUAUCUAACCAGGAUGCAGAAAACGAAUCACUACUAAGUGAUGGUAGUGACCACGUGACAGAUAUUAAAAGCAUUUGCUCUAGAGAGCCACAGGAUCCAAAAACCAGCGCCCAUCCCAAAGCCCAGAAUGAAGCACACAAUUGCAUGGAUAAAAUGACAGCGGUCUAUGCCAACAUACUGUCAGACUCUUAUUGGACAGGCUUAGGGCUGGGUUUCAAGUUGUCUAACUCUGAAAAGAGGAGUUGUGACAACAGAAAUGGAGGGAACAAAGCUGAUUUUGAUUGGCACCAAGACGCACUGUCAAAAAGCUUACAACAGAAUUUACCUUCCAGACCUGUCUCGAAACCCAACCUGUUCAGCUCCGUCCAGCUCUACAGGCAGAGCAGCAAAAUGUGUGGAACUGUUUUCACCGGCGCCAGCAGGUUUCGGUGCCGGCAGUGCAGCGCUGCCUAUGACACGCUGGUCGAACUAACAGUUCAUAUGAAUGAAACAGGUCACUACCAAGAUGACAACCACAAAAAGGACAAGCACAGACCUACCAGCUACUCAAAGCCUCGAAAAAGGGCUUUCCAGGACAUGGACAAGGAAGAUGCACAAAAAGUUCUGAAGUGUAUGUUCUGUGGUGACUCCUUUGAUUCCCUUCAAGAUCUGAGCGUUCAUAUGAUAAAAACAAAACAUUACCAAAAAGUGCCUUUGAAGGAGCCGGUACCAACCAUUUCUUCAAAAAUGGUCACUCCAGCAAAGAAACGUGUGUUUGAUGUUAACAGGCCUUGUUCCCCUGAUUCCACAACGGGGUCUUUCUCAGAUUCUUUUUCUCCUCAGAAGAACGCGAACCUGCAGUUAUCAUCUAACAACCGCUAUGGCUACCAGAAUGGCGCCAGCUAUACAUGGCAGUUUGAGGCCUGUAAAUCCCAGAUUUUGAAGUGUAUGGAGUGUGGAAGCUCCCAUGACACCUUGCAGCAGCUCACGACCCACAUGAUGGUUACUGGCCAUUUCUUGAAAGUCACAAGUUCAGCUUCAAAGAAAGGAAAGCAACUUGUUCUGGAUCCUCUAGCUGUGGAAAAAAUGCAAUCACUGUCUGAAGCACCAGCCAAUGACAGCCCGGUUUCAAAAUCAAACAGUAAAUCGUCUGCAGAAUGCAUAGCUCCCACUUCUGAAAUAAAAAAAGAAAUUAAAAAAGAUAAAACUGAUGAUGCAAACAAAGAUGAGAAAGCAGUAAAAACUGAAGAGUAUGAAGACACCCUUCAGAAACCACUGGAUCCCACAAUGAAAUACCAGUACCUCAGAGAAGAAGAUUUAGAAGAUGGUUCAAAGGGUGGUGGUGACAUUUUAAAGUCUUUAGAGAACACUGUCACAACAGCCAUAAAUAAAGCUCAGAAUGGAGCGCCCAGCUGGAGUGCAUAUCCCAGCAUCCACGCAGCUUAUCAGCUCUCAGAAGGGGCUAAGCCGUCUUUGCCGGUGGGUUCCCAGGUACUGCAAAUCAGGCCAACCAUCACCAAUAAGUUGAGGCCCAUAGCUCCAAAGUGGAAAGUCAUGCCUCUGGUCCCUAUCUCAGCAAAUAUGGCCCAGUGCACUCAAGUGAAGAAGGAAACUGACGACAAGGAGGAAGUACAAAAGGACUAUGCUAAAGAUGGCAUCCAAGCUGAGCCUGCCUCACUCAGUCAGAGUGAAAGAGAACCUCCCCUCAAAUCUGAAGUCUCUGUGGAGCCAAAAAAGACGGAACCAUGCCCCCUGAAAGAAGAAGACAAAAUUAAAGAGGACAGUGGAAAAGAAAAAACAGUCCUCAAGGAAACAACAGCAGCUUCUCUUAGCAAUGGUUGUGCUGCUGCCAACCAUUCAUCUGAGCUGCCUUGUGUCAACCCUCUCAGUGCCCUGCAGUCAGUACUGAAUAAUCAUUUGGGCAAAGCCACAGAGCCUUUACGGCCCCAGUCCAACUCCAGCCCCAGCUCUAGCACAAUUUCUAUGUUCCACAAAUCUAAUCUAAAUAUGAUGGAGAAGCCAGUGUUAUCUCCUACUCCAACCCCGCCAAAGCCUGCAAGUGUGUCCAGGCACUAUUUAUUUGAAAACAAUGAUCAGCCUAUUGACCUGACCAAAUCUAAAGGCAAGAAAGCCGAGUCAGCUCAAGCACAAUCCUGUACUUCUCCACCUCAAAAACAUGCUCUGUCUGACAUUGCUGACAUGGUCAAAGUUCUUCCCAAAGCUACUACACCAAAACCUGCUGCAUCUUCAAGGAUCCCAUCUAUGAAAUUGGAAAUUGAUGUCCGACGCUUUGAGGAUGUCUCAACAGAAGUCUCCACUCUGCAUAAAAGGAAGGGCAGACAGUCAAACUGGAACCCUCAGCAUCUUCUCAUUUUGCAAGCUCAAUUUGCUUCCAGCCUUUUCCAGACAUCCGAAGGUAAAUAUUUAUUAUCAGAUCUAGGCCCACAGGAGCGUAUGCAGAUUUCAAAAUUUACCGGACUGUCAAUGACCACCAUCAGCCAUUGGUUGGCAAACGUCAAGUACCAACUUAGGAAAACUGGAGGAACAAAGUUUUUGAAAAACAUGGACAAAGGGCAUCCAGUCUUUUAUUGCAGCGACUGUGCAUCUCAGUUUCGAACCCCAUCUACUUACAUUAGCCACUUAGAAUCUCAUCUAGGUUUCCAAAUGAAAGACAUGAACAGGCUGGCUGUGGAGCAGCAAACCAAGGUAGAGCAAGAAAUCUCCAGAGUUUCAGUUCAAAGAUCUCCUGAAACAAUAGCUGGAGAAGAGGACACAGACUCUAAGUUCAAAUGUAAGUUGUGCUGUCGGACAUUUGCAAGCAAACAUGCAGUAAAACUUCAUCUAAGCAAAACACACAGCAAGUCACCAGAACACCAUUCACAAUUUGUAGCAGAAGUGGAUGAAGAAUAACUCUUAAGGUAUGCAUGCUCUAUAGCGAGUUUUGAUUUCAUCCUUGUAAGGAGGCCUCUUAAAACAUUCGUACUUUAUGAAAUGUAGGAAAACACUAUAAAAUGCAUAAUGUACUGCUGCUUCAUUAAUCUAAUUGCAGGUACACAUUCAUUUUAUAAUGUUUUCAGGAAGAGAGCUUGAUAAAUGCAGAACUACCCAUACUGAAAAGUUGCUUCUUAUUAAUAUUUUCAAAAUAGCUGUUUUCCCAGUUCUCACUCUCUUUUUUUUUGUUUCUAAGAAUUAAUAGUUUUCACAUCCUAUGCACUUCAAUGUGGAAUGCAGCAACUAAAUGCUACUCUUUGCAAUGAGAAUGGAAAAAGAAAAAAAAAUUAAAAAGGCACUGAAAACCAAAAGAUUACAACCUUCAGUGCUAACACACCUGAAAAUCUGAUUUUGAUGGGGGAAAAGAAGACAAUUCAAAUGUCAAAUUAGCAAAAUAAUAAAUAGUCCAAGUUCCUCACACACUCAAACCCAACUGAAGAAUCUACUAAUAAUUGAAAAGUUUAUGUCCAGAAGUUUGGUUAUUCUUUCAAUAAUAUUUGGAUAUUCAGUUUUGUAAAAUAUUUUAAUAUUUUACACUUACUAAACAUUUACUAUUGUGAGUGGCCUUUUUUGUAGCAUCAGUUUAACCUUUCUCUCCAUCAUGUCUCUGCUCAUUCCUUUUUUAAUCUUGAAGAUGUGUGAUUAUAUUUUGUUUCAUGUUGGUGGGCGUGUCAAUCCAGGAACAUCACUGACUUAGGUGCAAGUUUUUGUAUAACCUGGGAGGGAGGGGGUUGACGCCUAAUUGAGGAAACCGCUAGAUUUUUUUACAAGGUUAAUAUUUCAAAGACCUGUUAAUAGGAUACUUUUACAUUACUGUUGGUAUUUUAUAUACAUAUAUAUUUUUAUUUUUUUUGCUGGAAGAUACACCAAACAAAGUACUGCCACAAACAAUGUUUAUAAUAUGUAAUGUAAUAUUCAGAUUACACACAAUUUUUGCAUUUUUAAUUUUGCUUGAUUCACAAACUUGAAUCUUCUUGAUUUAAAUAAAUAUGCAGACAUCAACUAAAAGUCCAAACAGAAGUUUUCUGUUCUAACAUGUUUAUUUCCAGCAAGGCUCUGUUAGUCAUUCCCAGCAAUUUCACCAGCAAACUCAGGCUCUGCUUCUGUUCGCAGAAUAAUCAUGUGCAGAUUCAGAUUUUCUCCAACAUGUUCAUUACUUAGAUAACAUUUGGAAAAUGAAUUCAUCAGACAGUCAAAAUUAAAGAUGUGUUGUGAGUUGUCACUUACGCCAGCUGCUAUUGUGGCUAUUCUCUGGCUAAUUGAGGGUGCAAGCACUUUGAGGAUGAAUACCCAUUUGUGUGAAGAUUUCACAUUUGUUUGCUGCAAAUAUUCAGGAAGCUUUAAGAAACACUUUCGGUGUGCAGAGCCAGCACAAGGACUAUGCAUCACUUAAGCUUUGAUAAAAAGGCUACUUUUGAAUAAUUUAAACCACUAAUCAAAGGGUUACUUUGGGAUGGGUAAUAGAAGCUAUUACUAUAGAGUAUAACGUCAGUAUUCAAGUGCAGUAAGAUUUAAGUUUUGCAUACAUCUUGUAUGUACUGUCUGUAUGUGACUGGAUUUAUCCCUUCUGCAUAUUUUAGCCUGCAAAAUACAGUUUAACUCAAAGGGAGUUUAUUUUCUCAAUAAUGCUAAUAUCCUUAAAUUUCCAUUUUGGCAUUUUUAACCCAACAUUAGAACCCAGUACAAAAAUAGCAAAUAAAUGUUCCUUGUUUAUCCGAUAAUAACUGAUUUUCUGCCUAACCAUUCUAGAACCCUUCAAAAUCAAUAUACCUGCCAAAAUAUCAGAAAAUUACAAGAGAUUGGUUGGGAAAAAUGUACCAUAUUUCAUUUCCUUCCUCGCCAGUUAAUGAUUAUUAAGACUUUGACAUUCAUAGUUCUCACACAAGAGAUAUCAGAGCAAACCAAUAAUUUGGGUACUAUCAAACAAAAGCUAUCUGCCAAAUAUAUUAAUAAAACAGCUAUUUUGGCAUAUUCAU